CAGCCAGAUCGGGUUGCAGCCCUGCCUCGGUAGCUUUACACCACACCCCUCCCUCCAGCGGGGAUUACUAGGGGAGGAUCACACUCUGCUCUGAUUCAGGAAUUCCCUCUUUCUUCAAGAGCUGUUGCUAGGAGUUUGGUGCUCUUGGAAAGAAGCAUUUACAAUCUUCAUAAAAGCAGAAAGAAGGGAAGAUGAAGGGAAGAAAGAAGGGACACUCCUCAUCUUCAUGCUUUAUCUUGCUGCUCUUCUGUAUCGCUGGGCACACAACUGCUGAGCUGGAUGGCAGCAAAGAAGAGCAUGUUGUGGGUGCUGGUUUGCCACCACUGAAGCUGGUGCACUCGUUCUGUGCCAUGAAAGCAGACGAGGGCCCGUGCAAAGCCAUCCACAUCCGCUAUUUCUUCAACAUCAAAAGCCGCAAGUGUGAAGUGUUUGAAUAUGGUGGAUGCCAUGGCAAUGAGAACAACUUCCCAACGCUGGAGGAAUGCCAGGAGAAGUGUGUGGCAAAAGAAUUUCCUCAGAAGAUGGCAUUGGCAAAAAUUAAGAAAGGAUUGUUUCUAGGCCAGCCUGACUUCUGCUUCCAUGCCCAAGAGCCGGGGAUCUGCCGAGGGUAUUUUACCAGGUACUUCUACAACAAAGAGACAAAACUCUGUGAGGCAUUCAAGUAUGGUGGGUGCCUAGGAAACCAGAACAACUUCAGGACUUUGGAGGAGUGCCAGACUACCUGCCAAGACAGCUCAAAUUUAUUGCCAGCUGUUACAGCUGAAGAGCAUCCCAGCUCUGUGAACAGCAGCUCCCCAACAGAAGAACAUCCCAGCACAGUGAACAGCAGCUCCCCAACAGAAGCACCCAGCCAGUCUCCUGGGAUUUUUGUUAAUUUGUUGCCAGCUGCUCCAAAUGACAAGUCCAAUGCCCUGAACAGGAGUUCCCCAGAGGAGGAGCCCAACCAGUUCCCCAUUUUUUUUGUUGUGCAAGAGGAAGCAACAAACAGUUGGGAAGACCCUGAGCAUUCUCACCAACAGUUUGUCAUACUUUUUCAGCACACCAUUUCAGCUAUUAUACAUUUCAGAUGAACCUUUUUUUAGCAGCUGUACCACAAGUAAGACACCUAAGAUGUAGCACAUGCUUUUUGGAUAUUUUUUCAGCCUCCUUCGUUGCCCAGGUUUUAAUGCAUAACUUCUUGCUUUCAGCAGCUUAUCUGCUUCCCACUUUUGUGACCACAGGAUGUCUCCAGCUUUGCUGUAACCCAAAUGAUUUCCUCAAAUGUUUACUGUGUUUUUCCACUGAAGUCCUUCUGUGUGGCUUUCUAUCUUCAAGAGUUCACACUUGCAUUUAUGCAUUCAUUUAUUGCAUUUAUGUACCCAGUUCUGCUGCUUUCUGAGGAAAAAUGGUGCUCUUUUGGGUCCCACAUAACUGGUGAUAGAAUGGCUCCCAUUCAGCUUCUUGCAGCCUGUGCAGCAAUUUUAUCAGUUCCCAUUUGUAUAUUUGUCACUCUGGGGUGAUAGAUGAUGGAGUUCUUGCAGGUUUGGGAAUUCUGGCAUGGAUUUCUUCCUGGGCUUGUUGCAGUGCCCAGGUCCUUUGGCUACCUCAGGUUCAUCCUCCAGUGUUUCAGUUCUCACUUGCAGCCACGCUGAAGGAGCAAACCACCAGCCUCUCCUUGGAAUGGUAAAAUCCUGCCAGCAGCACUAACACACCAGCAUCUCCAUUAAUUUGUGGACUUGUUCUUCGCAUUCAAUCCUGUUUUUUUAUUCUGCAAGUUGCAGGCUCUUGUUUUAUAACUGCUCAAUGGUUGCUGACAGACACUGUUACUUAGGUCAAGUUUUCUGUAGGCAUUCAACAGACUCAGCACUGAGAUAUUGAAUCUUACACUGGAAAUGCUUUUACCUUCUCCUUGAUUCCAGAAUGCCUAGCACUAAUUUGCUCCAUUAAUUAUUAGAAAUAUUCACCAUAUUUUUCAAGUUGUCCACGUUUAAUUUAUUUCACAUCACUUUCUACAAAUGCUUCACUUGAAACUCCUCAAAAUUAAUUUGUCUGCUCUCUUCUAUGGCAGAAAUGGCAAUUUUAUCACUCACAACACAGGUAAAGGUAUAGCUUUCAGGUAAACUUUCACUGGCAAUCCAAAGACAGAAUGAUGUUUUACUGUGCUAUUAUUUGUUUGCAAUCAUAAAAAGAUGCUUAUGCCAAGUAUCUUGGAUUUUCAGGAGAGCAGAAUUAAAUUGGCCAGCAAAAAAAAUUCAAAUAAUAUUGACAUAAAACUGCAAUGCUACAGUUGUCUCACCUUAUGUUUUUGGUAC